UGACAGGAGUUGUUUGAACGCCGUUUACUUCCUGCGGCCCUGAAAAACGCUACAGGUCACGUGACGUGCCAAAGCGGCGCGUGUCCUUAGAAACCACGCACCGGCUCCAACUUUGACAGCUGUUUCCACCUGCUAACGACUGCGCCUCAGGAAAAAACACUAUUUCUUCGUUCACUUCGCUGUAUCGAAAGUUAUUUGUGCCACAGGGCUUUUCCAGGUGGUCAGUCGCUCAUAAUGUCAACUGGGGAAACGGAAAAAACGACAGGCAACGCUAGUGUGGAUGACGAGGAUUGGCUUUACGGAGACAACGACGAUGAUGUGAACGAUGCCGCAGGUGAUGAUGACGAUAAGAAGACCGAGACUGAAAUUUUCAGUGCUUUGGUUGGAGAUGUGGAAGGCGUUAAUGGAGUUGAUCAUCAGGAUGCGGACAGCGACUCGGACAGCGACGACAACUUGCGCGUUACCAUCGGCAACAUCAAAACAGACAUCCAGAGCACUAGCACUCCUGUCAAUCUCAAGACCUCAGGCAUAACCACCGUGUCAGGCACAAAGGUCAGAGGAGUGGCUCUGGUUGCAGUGGACGGCAUCAUUGGCACUCCAGAACUGGAGGUGGAUGAGGAGAAGCCUUGGAGAAAACCAGGUGCGGACCUGUCAGACUAUUUUAACUACGGCUUCAACGAGGAUACCUGGAAGACUUAUUGUGACAAACAGAGGAGACUGCGCAUGAGCCUAGAGUUCAUGACCUUAGGCUCGUCUGACAAAACCACGGGUAGUCAUGAUGAGCCGGUGUCUAAAUCGGAUUGCUCCUCCAGGAAGUUGAAAAACUCCAUCGAUGUAAUCGGAGGGCAAACAGAGACCAUCAUUCGUGUGGAAGGGCGAAGACAUCACAGCACAGAUGGAAGCAGCACGCAGGUGCCGUCCUCCUCCGAAAGGCCCGUGGAUGCUGAGCCGCCAUCCUCUAAGCCACCUCCUUUCUUUGCCCCCAUCAUUCCUUCUCCACCUUUUCCUCUUCUCUCCAUCAGCUCCACUCCUCCUUUUAUACAACACCCACCACGACCGCCCAUGAGUGUCCCGCCACCUGGUUUUCCACUUCCUCCUGAAGUUCCUCCUCUUCCCUUUACAUCAGGCAGUGGCCGUUCAGGAGGAAGCUACGAUGGCCGCUGUGCCCCGUUGUACCCCUUUGCUGCAGGUGUUUAUCCACAUGCUCUGGGGCCCAUGACGCCCUGGCUGGGCUUGAGUGACCGUGCCAAAGUGUGGAAGCCUUACAGCUGUCAGGACAAAGAGAGGGAACGCGGGAAGGAUAGGGAGAGGACCCGGGACCGAGAGCCGAAGAAAGAGCAGGAGAGAGAGCGCGAUCAGGAGAACACGCCGGCGUUUCAGAGCCGCAGCAGUGACAAAGAGCGUGCGUCACGUCACAGGGACCACGGCGAUCGGGAGCGAGAGAGACAUCGGGAACACGAUCGAGACGGGAGAGAAAGAGAAGAGCGGCAUCGUGACAGGAGACACAGGGAGCGUACCGAGCGACGCAAAUCCUCACGCAGUAGCAGUCGGAGAAGGCAUUCCAGCGAUGAUGGAGAGAGCCACAGGAGACACCGAUACAAGCGCUCCAAACGCAACAAGGACAGCACGGACACCGAGUCCACUGACUGAACGGGUUAGAGCGUACGUCUUAACACGUUGUCUUAAACGAUUCACUCGGUGGAUGGAGAGUGACAACGUUUGUAUGUUGAUUUGAGCCAAGUUAAGGCCGGGCUCCUUAGGAGCUGGUUUAUUUUCAUUUUAAGCCGUUACAUGACCGCUACUUUACAAAACUAAUUUAUUUUAAAAAAUCUUUUUUUUUUUUUUUUUUUGAUUUAAGCCAAGUUAUUAUAAGAUGACUUGAACGGGAUGAAACCCCAAACUUGAUUGUUAAGCUAAGAUGAAUUAUAUUUAUGUUGUGCCAAAGUGUGGCUUUGUUGCGGUAUGAAAACAGUAUUAUAAAUAAUUUGGUAAACCA